UCAGCGCCGCGCGCCUUUCACCCAGGCUUCCUUCCCGUCCAGGCUCCGUUGCGGAGGGAGGUGCUGCGUCUCCUGCGGGUUCUUGGCUUCCAGCGUUUGCCGCCCGCCCGCCCCUUGUUGCUGUGUGCUCCGAGACCAUGGAACUGGCGGACGGCGGGGUGUACCAGGAGGAACCGGGCGGCCCCGGCCCGGCUAUGAUGUCAGAGCGGGUGUCGGGUCUGGCGGGCUCUAUCUACCGCGAGUUCGAGCGGCUCAUCGGGCGUUACGAUGAGGAGGUGGUGGCCGAACUGAUGCCGCUGGUUGUGGCGGUGCUGGAGAACCUGGACUCCGUCUGUGCGCACAGCCAGGAAACCAGCGUAGAGCUGGAGCUGCUGCGGGACGACAACGAACAGCUCCUCACCCAGUACGAGCGGGAGAAGGCGCUGCGUAAACAGGCCGAGGAGAAAUUUAUUGAAUUUGAAGAUUCUCAAGAACAAGAAAAAAAAGAGAUACAGAUACGAGUAGAAGCUUUAGAGUCACAAACUCGGCAACUUGAACUGAAAGCAAAAAAUUAUGCUGAUCAGAUUAGUAGACUGGAGGAGAGAGAAGCGGAACUAAAGAAGGAAUACAAUGCUCUUCAUUCAAGGCAUACAGAGAUGAUUCAUAAUUACAUGGAACACUUGGAAAGAGCAAAAUUUCAUCAACUGAUGGGAGGUGAUCAGCUGGAGCCUAUCAUGCACAGUAGAAUUAGAAAGGACCCUCCUAUAUCAUUGGGCAUCUUUCCACUCCCUCCAGGAGAUGCACUUCUUACUCCCGAUUCUCAGAGAGGAUCAGUGGACACUCCUGGAUCAGACAGCUGGAAGUUCCGUGAACUAAGUCAGCCUCGUUCCCGUGCCAGCCUCAAGGAUGAAAUUUCUGACGUUAGCCAACCAGGGUCCAAAUCUACUACACCAAUCUUAACUGCUGCUUCAGAUGUGCUUAAGUCUGCUGAGUCUCCCCUGAAUGAAGACAAGGAAGGCCUUGCAAAGAAGUCUGAUUCAUGGAACCAGAAAUUGGAUAUAAGCAAGCACAUUGAAGUGCAGGUAGCCCAAGAAACGAGAACUGUGUCCAUUGGAUCUAAUGAAAAUGACGACAAAUCUGAAGUUCAGGCAAUCAUUGAAUCCACUCCAGAGCUGGAUAUGGAUAAAGAUCUUAGUGGAUAUAAAGGUUCAAGCACUCCUACCAAAGGCAUAGAGAACAAAGCAUUUGAUCGUAACACAGAAUCACUCUUUGAAGAAUUAUCUUCUGCUGGCUCUGGUCUGAUUGGGGAUGUGGAUGAAGGAGCAGACUUGCUGGGAAUGGGACGUGAAGUUGAAAACCUUAUCUUAGAAAAUACACAACUACUCGAAACCAAAAAUGCCUUGAAUGUGGUGAAGAAUGACUUAAUAGCAAAAGUUGAUGAACUAACAUGUGAAAAGGAUGUGCUAAAAGGAGAAUUGGAAGCUGUAAAACUAGCCAAACAAAAGCUUGAAGAGAAGAAUAAGGAGCUGGAGGAAGAGCUUAGAAAAGCCCGAGCAGAAGCUGAAGAAGCAAGACAAAAAGCAAAGGAAGAGGAUGAUAGUGAUAUUCCUACUGCUCAGAGGAAGCGAUUCACGCGUGUUGAGAUGGCCCGGGUCCUCAUGGAACGAAAUCAAUACAAAGAGAGGCUGAUGGAGCUUCAAGAAGCAGUGCGAUGGACUGAGAUGAUAAGGGCAUCAAGAGAAAAUCCAGCCAUGCAAGAAAAAAAGAGAUCAAGCCUUUGGCAGUUUAUGCCGGCCAGUUUUAGCAGAUUAUUCAGUUCAUCAGCCAACACUGCUAAGAAACCAGAACCACCAGUUAACGUUAAGUACAAUGCACCAACGUCACAUAUUACUCCUUCAGUCAAGAAAAGAAGCAGCACCUUAUCUCAGCUACCAAGUGACAAAUCAAAAGCUUUUGAUUUCCUUAGUGAAGAGUCUGAGGCCAGUAUGGCCUCACGAAGAGAGCAAAAGAGAGAACAGUAUCGCCAAGUGAAAGCUCACGUUCAGAAAGACGAUGGUCGAGUGCAAGCGUUUGGCUGGAGUCUUCCUCAGAAAUAUAAACAGAUUAUAAAUGGUAGUGGUCCGGGUGACAACAAGAUGAGGAAUUUGCCUGUGCCUGUUUAUCUGAGACCACUUGAUGAAAAGGAUACAUCCAUGAAGCUGUGGUGUGCUGUAGGAGUGAACUUAUCUGGAGGGAAGACACGGGAUGGCGGUUCAGUAGUUGGUGCCAGUGUCUUCUACAAUGAUAUUGCAGCUCCAGACAUGGACAGCGGCAAACAGAGAAGUGCAUCUCAAAAUAGUUUGGAUAGAUUGGAUCAAGAACUCAAGGACCAGCAAAAAGAGCUGAAAAGUCAAGAAGAACUGUCAAGCCUUGUUUGGAUCUGUACGAGCACCCACUCUGCUACGAAAGUUAUCAUUGUAGAUGCUAACCAGCCAGGAAAUAUCCUAGACAGUUUCAUUGUUUGCAAUUCUCAUGUACUUUGUAUAGCUAGUGUGCCAGGGGCUCGAGAGACCGACUACCCUACAGGAGAAGAAGGAUCACAGGAACCAGACUCUGGUGUAGUGGAUAAGUCAUCCUUGUGUGGCAGUGUAAAUAGCAACAGUUCAGCAGAAGCAGACAGUCUGUUAGGAGGAAUCACAGUAGUUGGAUGUACAGCUGAAGGCAUUAUAGGAUCUGCUGCUACCCAGAGUGCCAAUGCUGCCUUACCUGACAUAAACAAACAGCCAGAUGUUACAGCUGAAAAUGAUGCGGUAGAUGAACAUAUACAGACAGCAGAGGAAGCAACUGAAGCAACAGAAGUCAGUGCUGGCUUGGGAGAAGAAGUAGCAGAUAUUGCACAAAGUGGCGUUUACACAGAGCAUGUCUUCACAGAUCCUUUGGGAGUCCAAGAUACUGUAGAAGGUUCUCCAGCUUUCCAGUCUAGCAGUGAGUCAGAGUUGUAUAAAGAUGUUGUUGAAUUACCAAAUGAGCAGGAUCUUGUGAGAGAAGAAGCGCAAAAAAUGAGUAGUCUUUUACCUACUAUGUGGCUGGGAGCACAGAAUGGAUGUUUAUAUGUUCAUUCUUCAGUGGCUCAGUGGAGAAAAUGUGUUCAUGCAAUUAAACUUAAAGAUUCAAUACUCAGUAUAGUACACGUAAAAGGAAUAGUACUAGUUGCACUAGCCGAUGGAACCUUAGCAAUAUUUCAUAGAGGAGUUGAUGGACAGUGGGAUUUGACAAAUUAUCAUCUCUUAGAUCUUGGACGACCUCAUCAUUCAAUUCGAUGUAUGACUGUGGUGCAUGAUAAAGUCUGGUGUGGCUACAGAAAUAAAAUCUAUGUGGUUCAGCCAAAAGCAAUGAAAAUAGAGAAAUCAUUUGAUGCACACCCAAGGAAGGAGAGCCAAGUAAGACAGCUGGCUUGGGUGGGAGAUGGAGUGUGGGUGUCCAUUCGUUUAGAUUCAACCCUCCGUCUUUACCAUGCACACACUUACCAGCACCUACAAGAUGUUGACAUUGAACCUUAUGUAAGCAAAAUGCUAGGUACAGGAAAACUGGGAUUUUCAUUUGUGAGAAUCACAGCUCUUAUGGUAUCUUGCAAUCGUUUAUGGGUUGGGACAGGAAAUGGAGUCAUCAUCUCAAUACCAUUAACAGAAACUGUAAUCCUCCACCAGGGACGUUUACUGGGGCUGAGGGCUAACAAAGCAGCAGCAGGCUCUGGCAACCGUCCUGGCAAUGUAAUCCGUGUGUAUGGAGAUGAGAACAGUGAUAAAGUGACCCCGGGAACCUUCAUUCCUUAUUGUUCAAUGGCACACGCACAGCUCUGUUUCCACGGGCAUCGCGAUGCUGUUAAGUUCUUUGUCGCAGUACCCGGUCAGGUGGUUUGUCCCCAAGUGGGAGGAGGCUCAGAAUUAUCUGGUGAAAGAAUUUCUGCACAGGAACCCAACAGCCAGAGUCCUUUAAAAUCAAUACUGGUGAUAAGUGGAGGAGAAGGGUACAUUGACUUCAGAAUGGGUGAUGAAGUUGGUGAAUCUGAACUCCUUGGAGAAGCAUUGCCACUUGAGCCUUCUGUAGCCAAAGCUGAGAGGAGCCACCUGAUAGUGUGGCAAGUUAUGUGUGGCAGUGAAUAAGCUCCCGUGGAAAAUGGCUUGAGACUGCAAAAGCUUUUGCAUGUCUUUGGUUUGGUUUUGUUUCUGUGGAACCCGUUUCACUGCAUACAAUUUGAACAUUUCUUUGUCAUUUGACUUUAUAUCAUAAACCUCUCAAACCUUAACACAGGAACCAGCUCAUGCUGUUUUACUGCAUCAGUGUUACAAAGCGAGAAUAAAUUGGUCUUCCCAAACAGAUAAAUGCCAUAUUUUGCCUCCAAAAUGCACCUUAUAGGCCCCACUGCAAUCUGUAACUGAAUUCUUUUUCCCCACUUUCUACAAUGGAUUAAGGUUACAUUUGGAACCAUUUUGAAUUCAUUUGCAUAACAUUUAUAGAGUAAAACAGCAGUGUAAUAUUCUGGGUAGUAUUUCAAGAACAUCAGAUGUAUGUAAUAUACAAGAUACAACGAACGCAUCUAGAGAUGGUUAAAAUAAGUUAAAAGACUUUGCUUUUUUAUUUCUGAAUCCUGCCAAUCUUGUGAACCUUUGUUAUACUGAUAUCCUUGACCUAAAAUUUACCAGGCAUUUAGUUGUGUUUAUUUAGUUGCUAAUAGCACCAAAAAUCAGUACUGCUAUCCUGAUUAAAUGAAAAAUGUGGAAUUUUAUGGGGGAAUGGUUUUCCCAGUUUCCUUACUUAACCUAACUUGGAAACAUCCAGUUUAUCUCAAAAGGGCAUUCUUAGACCAAAUCAUCUUCUUUAUAUACUCCUUGAGCAGAAGAUAAGCUACUUUUGCAUGCCCCUCCUUAUUGGAUCUUGGGGGAUCCAGUUCUUGCCAUGGGAUAUAGAAGGACUCUUUUAAGUGGUGAGCAAAAUAACAGUAACAAUGAAUGAGAAAUAACCUCAAUUAAGUUUAAAUUACAUUAUUUUUCUAUCCAUAUUAGCAGCCUGUAAAUGCCAUUCAAAAGAAAGAAGUUCUAUACAGUAUGCUUCUUUGGUGGACUUAAUAAAAUGGUGUAGUCACUAAUUUUAAUGAAUGAACACCACUGUAUAAAUCUGAGUGGUCCAUCCGUAAAUCUGAGGAAUUAGAAAGAUACUAUCAUGCAACUUAUUCUGUCUUUUCACAAUAAAUUUUGGGUUCAGUAUUCUCAUUUGCUACCCAACUGAUCAUAAAACGAAGUUAAAUGCUAUAUUUUUAAUCACUCAGAGGAUAAACAGCUUCUCAGUGUUUUCCUUGUUUUAAAAUAGGAGUGAAAAUACUAACAUUCAAAUACUAACAUUCAGCUCAUGUCCACUAAGAGACUCUAGCUCUUCUUGUUAGAUGGGAGUUGAUAAUAUCUACAUGACAGAAUGGAAGAAUUUCUAAAUUUGAAAUGCCAACAUUUAAAACCAGGAAUUGUCAUGAAAAACUGCCUAAACAUUUUUAUGCAAUAGGAGCAGUUUGUCAUUUGUCAAGGAAACAUGUAUUUAAUAUAUAUAUAUAUAUAUAUACAUAUUACUUUUUAA